AAAAAAAUAAGUAAUAAAUAAAUAAAUAAAACACAGAUUCACUGAAACAGGUAGGGAAAAGAAAAAGUAAAUAAAUAAAUAAAACACAGAUUCACUGAAACAGGUAGGGAAAAUAAAAAGUAAGUGGAAGGAAAAACCAAAAAACAGAAAAAAAAGAAAGAAGAAACGAAAAGCUCUCUGGGAUUUUGUAUUCUUGGGUUUGUGUUGAGUAAUCAUUAGUGGAUGAGCAAAAGCAAAAAAAAAAAGCGUUUUCAAAAAAGGAUUUUUGUCAUAUAAAAAAAAUAAAUUAAUUCCUCUUAGUCUCAGUCAGUCACAAUUCUUUUCUUGAUAUCAGAGCAAAAUCCUACUUUGCCCCACUUCUCUACCAAGGUAUCUCUUUCUCUCUCUUUCUUUCUGUAAAACAAACAAAUAUCCCCGCCAAAGAGCAAGAAAAAGAUGGUGAUGCUUCAUUUUUAUACCAUACGCUUCCCAAAACAAAAACCCAAAAGAAUUCCCAAACAAAACAACAACAACAACAACAAGAACACGAACUCGAAGAAGAAGAAGAAGAAGAAAGAAAUAGUGGGUUUUGAAUUUGAAAGUGGAAAGGUGGAAGCUUUGAGGGGUUUUUGGAGGAAAUGGCGAGCACCAGCGGGUCGAAGAGCGACCCGGGGGGUUUGCGGAGAACGUUCUCCAGCAGGACAAUGACCCGACAGCCUACGAGGCCUGUGUUUUUGUCCAACGAUGAGAAACCUGUCGUGGACAGUGAGCUUGUCCCUUCUUCACUUGCUUCCAUUGCUCCUAUUCUACGUGUUGCCAAUGAGAUUCAGGAUGAAAAUCCCAGGGUUGCUUACCUCUGCCGUUUUCAUGCAUUUGAGAAGGCACAUAAGAUGGAUCCUACAUCUAGUGGACGUGGUGUUCGCCAGUUUAAGACAUAUCUCUUGCACCAACUUGAAAAGGAAGAACAAGAGGCAGAACAUAAGCUUUCUCAUCGUGAUCCAAAAGAAAUCCAGUUGUUUUUCCAUCAGUUUUAUGACAAAAAUGUCAAGGAAGGAGAAUAUUCCAAAAAACCAGAGGAGAUGGCUAAAGUUUGUCAGAUUGCAUCAGUACUCUAUCAGGUGCUGAAAACGGUGGUACCUCCUAGCAUGAUAAAUCCUCAGACAAAACAAAUCGCUGAAGAUGUAGAGACAAAAAGGAGCCAGUACACACAUUAUAACAUUCUACCAUUGUAUGCUGUUGGGGUUAAACCUGCAAUUAUGGAACUUCCUGAGAUAAAAGCAGCACUCCAGGCUCUUUGUAAUGUGGAUAAUCUUCCAAUGCCCAGAAUUCAUUUAAAACCCACUGGGCCUGGUGAUGGUGCGGCUGCAGCUACAGAGAGGAUUAAACCUGUCAGUGAUAUACUUGAUUGGAUUUCCUCUGUGUUUGGGUUUCAGAAAGGGAAUGUAUCAAAUCAGAGGGAACAUUUGAUACUGCUACUUGCCAAUAUGGAUGUAAGGAGAAAGAAUCUUCAAAGUUAUAACGAGUUGGAUAUGGACACUGUACCAAAAUUGAUGGAUAAAAUUUUUAAGAAUUAUCGCUCGUGGUGUCACUAUUUGCAUUGUACAUCAAAUCUCAGGUUUCCUGACCGGUCUGACAAUCAACAGUUGCAACUGAUCUACAUUGCACUUUAUCUUCUUAUAUGGGGGGAAGCUUCAAAUAUUCGAUUCAUGCCUGAAUGCUUGUGCUACAUUUUUCACAGGAUGGCCUAUGAGGUCUUUGGAAUUCUCUUUAGCAAUGUCCAUCCCGUUACUGGAGAAUCCUACACAAAUGAAGCACGUGAUGAUGAGUACUUUUUGAGGACUGUUAUAACCCCUAUCUAUGAGGUCUUGCAGAAGGAAGCAAAGAGAAACAUGUUAGGCAAGGCUAGUCAUUCAAGCUGGAGAAACUAUGAUGACUUAAAUGAAUACUUUUGGUCUAAAAGAUGCUUUAGUCUAGAGUGGCCAAUGAACAAGAAAUCAGAUUUUUUUAGGCAUUCAGAUGCGGUGCAAUCUCCCCAUGAGAGACCAAACCAGGCAGCUGGUGGAAGGAGGAAGCCUAAAACAAAUUUUGUAGAAGUGCGUACAUUUUGGCACCUGUAUAGAAGUUUUGAUCGAAUGUGGAUAUUCUUUAUAUUGGCUUUCCAGGCUAUGGUUAUUGUUGCAUGGAGUCCUUCUGGAUCUCUUGCUGCUAUCUUUGAUGAGGAUGUCUUCAAAAAUGUUUUGACCAUCUUUAUUACUUCUGCUUUCCUCAAUUUUCUACAAGCCACUCUCGAUAUAAUUCUUAGUUGGAAUGCCUGGAAGAGCUUGAAAUGCACCCAAAUAGUUCGAUACCUCUUGAAAUUUGCAGUGGCAGCUGCCUGGGUUGUGGUUCUUCUGAUUGGCUAUUCCAGUUCAGUGCAGAACCCAACAGGACUUGUGAAAUUCUUCAACAGUUGGGCUGGCAAUUGGCAGAACCAACCAUUUUAUAACUAUGCUAUUGCACUUUAUUUAUUGCCCAAUAUAUUGGCUGCUGUUCUAUUUCUACUUCCACCUAUGCGUAGAAGGAUGGAGAAAUCUAACUUGCGGAUUGUCACUUUGGUUAUGUGGUGGGCUCAGCCAAAAUUGUACAUAGGAAGAGGCAUGCAUGAGGACAUGUUUUCACUGUUUAAGUAUACAAUGUUUUGGAUCAUGCUGCUAAUCAGCAAGCUGGCAUUCAGCUUCUAUGUGGAGAUAUCACCACUAGUUGGGCCAACGAAAUUGAUAAUGGAGAUGCCUAUCACAAACUAUCAGUGGCAUGAAUUCUUUCCCCAUGCAAAAUAUAACAUUGGCGUUGUUAUUGCAAUAUGGACACCAAUUGUCCUGGUUUAUUUUUUGGAUGCACAAAUGUGGUAUGCCAUAUUUUCUACUCUAUUUGGCGGUAUUCAUGGAGCCUUCAGCCAUUUGGGUGAGAUUCGGACACUUGGGAUGCUGCGCUCCAGAUUUGAAUCAGUGCCUACAGCUUUCAGCCGCCGUCUUGUGCCAUCAGUAGCUAAGGGUGCCAAAACCAGAGAAACGGAUGAGGUAAUCAUACGGAAGAACAUUGCUAAUUUCUCUCAUGUGUGGAAUGAGAUUAUAGAAUCUAUGCGAUUGGAAGACCUGAUUAACAAUAGAGAUAGAGAUCUUCUUCUUGUUCCAUAUAACUCAAAUUCAGUCUCUGUUGUCCAGUGGCCCCCUUUCUUGCUUGCUAGUAAGAUUCCUAUAGCAUUAGACAUGGCAAAAGAUUUCAAGGGAAAAGAUGAUGAAGACUUAUUCAGGAAAAUUAGGAAUGAUGAAUAUAUGUACUCGGCAGUAAUUGAAUGCUACGAAACACUUAGGGAUAUAAUACAAAGCCUUCUGGAAGAUGAAGAAGAUAGGAAGAUUGUGAGACAGAUAUGUGAUGACGUAGAAAAAAGUAUUGGAGAAAAGAAAUUUUUGAAUAAUUUCCGGAUGAGUGGACUUCCCUCUCUCAGUGAGAGAUUGGAGAAAUUUUUGAAACUCUUGCAAAGAGAAGAGGACGAUGUUGAGAAUUUCAAGCGUCAAUUAAUCAAUGUCCUUCAAGAUAUCAUGGAGAUUAUCACCCAGGAUGUUAUGAUUAAUGGCCAUGAUAUGCUGGCAGCAACUCAUUAUCACCUCCAACGCCAUACAGAUGUAGAGAAUGCAAAGAAAGAGCCGCAGAGGUUCGAGAAGAUUAACAUAAACCAGACUCUGAAUAAAUCUUGGAGAGAUAAGGUAGUUAGGCUUCAUUUGCUUCUGACUGUCAAGGAAUCAGCUAUAAAUGUACCGCAGAACUUGGAUGCUCGCCGCCGCAUUACUUUCUUUGCAAACUCGCUUUUUAUGAAUAUGCCAGUUGCUCCGAAAGUCCGUGACAUGCUCUCCUUUAGUGUUCUGACUCCAUAUUACAAAGAAGAUGUUCUUUACUCUGAUGAGGAACUUACAUUGGAAAAUGAGGAUGGGAUAACAAUCUUGUUUUACCUCCAGAAAAUAUAUCCUGAUGAGUGGACGAAUUUCUUGCAACGGCUAAAGGAUUCUAAACAAGAAUAUAACUUUAAGGAUGAACUUCGCCAGUGGGUAUCGUUCAGGGGGCAGACACUUUCUAGAACAGUGAGAGGCAUGAUGUACUAUAAGCAGGCUCUAGAAGUGCAAUGCUCUCUGGAAUUGUCAGGAGAGAAUGGUAUAUUAGGUGACUUCCUAACCAUGGAGUUAAGUGAAGAAGAGCAGAAGGCUUUCUAUGAUCGUACACAGGCUUUGACAGAUUUGAAGUUUACUUAUGUUGUUUCUUGUCAGAUCUAUGGUGCUCAGAAAAAAUCCAAUGACAAAAGAGAACAAAGUUGUUACAAUAAUAUUCUCAAGCUGAUGCUAAUGUAUCCAUCUCUACGUGUUGCUUAUAUAGAUGAAAGAGAAGAAACAGUUCAUGGGAAAUCCCAAAAGACUUAUUACUCUGUUUUGGUCAAGGGAGGAGAAAAGUUGGAUGAGGAAAUCUACCGUAUCAAGCUUCCAGGUGAUCCAACAAUAAUUGGUGAAGGGAAACCUGAAAAUCAAAAUCAUGCCCUUAUUUUUACUCGUGGAGAAGCCUUACAGACAAUAGACAUGAAUCAGGAUAACUACUUUGAGGAAGCUUUCAAAAUGAGAAAUGUACUGGAGGAAUUCCUAAAGCCUCGCCGUGGUCAGCGAAAGCCCACAAUAUUGGGUCUAAGGGAGCAUAUAUUUACAGGAAGUGUUUCGUCACUUGCUUGGUUCAUGUCUAAUCAGGAGACUAGUUUCGUAACCAUUGGGCAAAGAAUUUUGGCAAAUCCUCUAAGGGUGCGAUUCCAUUAUGGUCAUCCUGAUAUUUUUGACAGAAUCUUCCACAUAACAAGGGGUGGCAUAAGCAAAGCUUCCAAAAUAAUUAAUUUAAGUGAAGAUAUAUUUGCCGGGUUCAAUUCAACUCUUCGUGGGGGAUUGAUAACCCAUCAUGAGUAUAUUCAAGUGGGCAAGGGGCGUGAUGUUGGGAUGAAUCAGAUAUCCCUUUUUGAGGCUAAGGUUGCAAAUGGAAAUGGAGAGCAGACGCUAAGCCGUGAUGUUUACCGACUUGGACGUCGAUUUGAUUUCUACAGAAUGCUGUCUUUUUACUUCACGACAGUUGGUUUCUACUUUAGUAGUAUGGUAACUGUACUUACUGUAUAUGUUUUCUUAUAUGGACGUUUAUACAUGGUUAUGAGCGGAGUGGAGAGGGAGAUCCUGGAGAACCCAUACAUACAUCAGACAAAGGCCCUUGAACAGGCUUUGACUAGUCAGUCUAUCAUCCAACUUGGUUUGUUGCUUGUGCUGCCCAUGGUUAUGGAAAUUGGCCUUGAAAAAGGGUUUCGUACUGCCUUGGGUGACUUCAUCAUCAUGCAGCUACAGCUGGCCUCUGUAUUCUUCACAUUCCAAUUAGGAACAAAAGCACAUUAUUACGGGAGAACAAUCUUGCAUGGAGGUUCUAAAUACCGGGCUACUGGUCGUGGAUUUGUUGUUUUCCAUGCAAAGUUCGCUGAUAACUACCGAAUGUACUCACGCAGUCACUUUGUCAAAGGGUUGGAGCUAUUUAUCUUAUUGAUUGUGUAUGAGGUUUAUGGAGAAUCAUAUCGGAGUUCAAGUCUCUAUUUCUUCAUUACUUACUCCAUGUGGUUUCUUGUUGCAUCCUGGUUGUUUGCUCCAUUUGUGUUCAAUCCAUCUAGUUUCGAUUGGCAAAAAACUGUGGAUGAUUGGACGGAUUGGAAGAGAUGGAUGGGAAAUCGUGGUGGUAUUGGGAUUCGACCAGAGAAAAGUUGGGAAUCGUGGUGGGAUGAAGAACAAGAACAUCUCAAACACACAAAUAUUCGUGGCAAAGUGCUUGAGAUAUUACUUGCAUGUCGCUUCUUUAUUUACCAAUAUGGAAUUGUCUACCACCUUGAUAUAGCUCAUCACAGCAAGAGUUUGCUGGUUUAUGGACUUUCUUGGAUGGUUAUGUUGACUGUUCUUCUUGUCUUAAAGAUGGUAUCUAUGGGAAGACGGAGAUUUGGCACCGACUUUCAGCUCAUGUUCAGGAUUCUCAAAGCACUUUUGUUCCUUGGUUUCAUGUCAGUUAUGGCCGUCUUAUUUGUAGUUUGUGGCCUCACUAUAUCAGAUUUAUUUGCUGCUAUCAUUGCCUUCUUGCCCACCGGGUGGGCCAUUCUUCUUAUUGGGCAAGCAUGGAGGGUGCCAUUGAAGUGGCUAGGAUUAUGGGAAUCUAUAAAGGAGUUAGGAAGAGCAUACGAGUAUGUAAUGGGACUGAUAAUCUUCGCGCCCGUCGCUAUUUUGUCGUGGUUCCCAUUUGUGUCAGAGUUCCAAGCCCGGUUGCUCUUCAACCAAGCAUUCAGCAGAGGUCUCCAAAUUUCUAUGAUUCUAGCAGGAAGGAAAGACAAGAAUGCAGAUCCUAUGACUCUUGCAGGAAGCAAAGACAAGACUGCAGAUCCUAUGAUUCUUGCAGGAAGCAAAGACAAGACUGCAGGACAUUGAACCCGCUAACAUACAUUCAUAUUUAUUCCCUUUCAAAUGUCAUAGCAUAUCAUUCUUUCUAUCUUUUCUUUUAUCUUCACAAUUUUCAGAUCAGAAUAUAGCCACUUUCUUCUUGUUUUUAGUCGUUGCAGGACUGUAUUAUCUCUCAAGUAAUGUACAGUCUGAAACCUUUUUUUUUUUAGAAGUAGGAGAGAUAUUAUUUUGGAUGUUGCAAAAUGCUUUUAAAGUGUUAAAAACAACAUCUAAGGCAUAUUUCUUUAUGUUUUAGCUCUAUGGAAUUAUGCAAUUAUAUAAUUUUCUGACC